CCUCUAUUACACGUGCCGCGUGCGAUUCGUAAACAAAGAUGCGUUUGAAUUAAUUUAUAAGCCUUAGCCAGUUGGAAAAGCUUAAAAAUGUCAAGAAUAAUAGUGAAACAACUUCCCAAGCAUAUCACCGAGGAUAAACUACGUCAGAUUUUCGGUGCCCAGGGAACGAUCACAGACUUGCAGCUAAAGUAUACGCCAGAUGGAAAGUUCCGGCAAUUUUGCUUUGUGGGCUAUAGCUCCGAGGAGGAGGCGCAAUCGGCCAUAAGGCAUUUUAACAACACAUGCAUCCAAACAAGCCGAGUGCGCGUUGAAUCCUGUGCUGCUUUGGGUAGCGAGGAGAAGCCUCAGUCCUGGAGCAAGUAUGCCAAGGACAGUAAGAAGAACCUUGAAAAACUGAAGGCUAAGGAAGAGCAGGAGGCUGUGGCGGCCAAGUCCAAGGAGUCGAAAAAGAAGACUAAGGAGAACAAAGAAAAGGUGGAAAAGAUUCUGGGCAGGCACAAAGACGACCCCGAGUUUCAGGAGUUUCUGCAGGCACAUGACAAGUCACGUACCUUGUGGGGCAACGAUUUGGGGGUGAGUAACAACCAGGAAGACGAUGAAAACGAAGAGGAUGCCGAACAGGAUGAGGAAUCACCAACUGCCAGGGAUGACAGUGGAGUAGAUGCAGAUGCAGGCGAUGAAAAUGCCACAGAAGAUGAGGCGGACGAAGAAGAGGAAGACACCAGUAAACUGGCCGAGAAGCCCAUCAGCGAUCUAGAGUACAUGAAGUCCCUGAUGGGAAGCACUUCUGGUGAUACCACCGCCAAGAAGACGAAAACCAAGACGGGCAAAUCCAACCUGGAGCUGUUCACCAUCAAAAUCCACAAUGUGCCCUACAACACAAAGCGCCAGGAGGUGCUCAAGUUCUUUAAGCCCCUGAAACCCUACUCCGUGCGUUUGCCUAGCAAAGUGCAUGGUUUUUGCUACGUGGGCUUCAAAACGGAAAAGGAUAUGGCCAAAGGAAUGUUGAAGAACAAGAGCUUCAUUAAGGGCAAGCAGGUGUUCUUCUCUGACUUUACCGAAAAGAACAAGGUGACCAAGGCGAGCAAAAGUGGUCAAGCCGUAGCACCCGCAGCCGCGGAUGCGGGCAAUGCAAAGUGGAAACACCAGCAGGACAGUUUGUCCAAAGAGGACGACAUAUCAGAGUCGGGAAGAAUAUUCUUUAGGAAUCUGGCCUACACCACAACGGAAGAGGAUCUGCGGAAGCUGUUCGAGCAGUUUGGACCCGUGGUGGAGGUGAAUCUGCCGGUGGACAAGCUCACCCGCAAGAUAAAGGGCUUCGGAACAGUAACCUAUAUGAUGCCGGAACACGCUUUGAAGGCAUUCAAUGCUUUGGAUGGCACCGAUUUCCAUGGGCGACUUUUGCACCUGUUGCCUGGUAAGGAUAUCGAGAAGAGCCCUCAGGAUGAUCUGGAUGAAAACGAUGCCAGUCUGUCGUUCAAGGAGAAAAAGGCCUUGAAGCUCAAGAAGAGCGCACAGAAGCCUAUUGGUUGGAACACCCUUUUCCUCGGGGCAAAUGCUGUUGCCGACAUUCUGGCCAAGCAAUUCAAGACCUCCAAGGAACGUAUCCUUGACACCAGUGACGGCGGCAGUGGAGCUGCUGUGCGUUUGGCUCUGGGCGAAACCCAAAUCGUCAUCGAGAUGAAGCGUUUUCUGGAGGAAGAGGGCGUCCGGCUGAACGCCUUCGAUGAGCCCGCAAAGAAACGCUCCAACACUGUGAUAUUGGCCAAAAACCUGCCCGCAGCCACCGAGGUUUCGGAGCUGACGCCCAUCUUCAGCCGUUUCGGUCCAAUUGGCCGGAUCGUGCUGCCUCCCAGUGGCGUCACGGCGCUCAUUGAGUACUCUGAUCCCAUGGAAGCGAGACAGGCUUUUAAGAAGCUGGCCUACAGCAAGUUCAAAAACGCGCCGCUCUAUUUGGAGUGGGCUCCUGAGCAGGUCUUCACCACCACGUUAAGUGGCGAGCCUGUGAUUCCCAAAUCGGAGCCAGAACCCAAGGAGGAGCCAAAGCAAAAGGAGAAGCCGGAAGUGAGUGAGCAGGAAGAUGUGAAGGAGGAGGCGAAGGCGGAGGAUGCGGAUGAUGAGCCCGAGCCGAAUACCACACUCUUCCUGCGCAAUCUGAACUUCAAGACCGUGCAGGAAACCGUGGUGAAGCACUUUAGACACUUGGGCAGCAUUCACACCGUGGAGAUAGCCAAACGGAGAGAUCCCGAGAAUCCUCGCAACUUUAACUCCUUGGGCUACGGCUUCAUUCAGUUCAAGAAGGCUUCAGUGGCCGAGCACGCACUGAAAAACAUGCAGCUCACCCACAUCGAUGGUAAUCCUGUGGAGCUAAAGCGCAGCGAUCGAGUGCUCAAGACCCAAGACAAUGAAGGAGCACAACGUCGACUGGCCUCGCAAAAGAAACAAACGGGCACUAAAAUUCUGGUGCGGAAUAUUCCCUUCCAGGCGCAAUACCGCGAAGUUCGAGAUAUAUUUAAGGCUUUUGGCGAGCUGCGCUCCUUGAGGAUUCCGAAGAAGGCCACCACCGGUGAGGAGGCCCAUCGCGGCUUCGGUUUCGUUGACUACAUGAGCAAGGCUGAGGCCAAGCGGGCUUUUGACGCUUUAAGUGCUAGUACGCAUCUCUACGGACGACGUUUGGUGCUCGAGUGGAGCGCCAACGAUGACAGUCAAGAUGUGGAGGAGCUUCGCAAGCGGACGGCAGCCAAGUUCGGGGAUAGCCAGGCGGCGUCGGCGGCCAAACGCAGCAGGAAAUCGUUCUUCGAUGUGGAGGGCAGUGUGCAGCCAAAUCAAGAUGAUGACGAGGAGGAGGAGCAGUAGUCCUCCGUUUUUAAUAAGCUUAAAGUUUGAUUCUAUUGUAUAUAAAGUACAAGUUAUAAUAAAAAUAAAUUAUAAUUUGCAGAGCCAAAAAA